CGCUUUCCACCUGGUUCACUACAUAUGAGGUGUGUGAUAACAAGCUUCGCCGCAUUUAUGAAUCGCAGUUCCGUGUUAUGGCAUGCUGGCUCAUACAACUACUGAUAAGGCAACGAAGGAUAUAAUACAACGUGCAUAGCCAUAUCUAUCUAUCAGAAUAACAACCUAGUGUGGGGGAAAGGAGGAUGACAUUCGGGACGGCGGACCGAACACGCAGGGACUGCUGACUAAGUCUUUUAUGUUCUAUUAACCACUUCCAUGUCACCGAGGUCAGGGCUUCAAAGGGAAGUCCUCAGCCUCUACAGACGGGCCCUCCGAAUGGUACGAACCAAGCCCCCGUCAACGCGAGCAAAGUUUCUCCUCUUCGUCCGGUACAGCUUUCACCGAAACGCGACGACCAUCUCGCCGAGGCAGGUCAGUGUCAUUGAGCAUCUUAUGAGGCAGGGUCGGAAGCAGAUCGAGAUGUACGAGGAUCCUUCGGUGAAGGAUUGCUGGGUAUCGAAGGAGAUGAAGGAGUGGAAUGAACGGACGUAGAUCUGUGUGUUAGUCGGCUUUCUCUUUGAACACGAACGGUUACACCCAGGCCCGCGGAAAGUUC